GGAUGGUCAAGGGAAAAAAAGUAAUUUUGCUCUAACAAAUAUCUCAUUCCUCAUAUAUCUAGAACCAUCUUCUUCAUUCUUUUGCCAAAAAUAAAAUGGUCAUUGUGUCAUGUGUUCAAAAUGGACUCUAGAAGUAUCGAUUUCUCUUUGAAAUAAACAGACCCUCGAACUCGUACAACUCCACGGCAAACCAAAACUUUGUCUUCGUCUGCUCCUCAUCCUUGUGACGCCAGCCAUUCUGAAAGUUACUUGGAAUAUGUUGAAAGUAAUUAUGUGAAUGUCUUUGAGAAAGAGACCUGCACCGUCGAAGAAAAGGUGCUAUGCCACUUCUGUUGCCAAUAUAUUAACCUCCUCCUUUAAGAUCAAAUACUCAUUUUAAAAAAAAUUCUAUUUAAAAUUUUGUCAAUAAAUUGAAUCCAUUGAACGAAAGGUUGCUUCUCUUAGAGCUUUUAUCAGAUGUAUUCUGGAUUACAAACUUCAGUCUCAAUAUCUGAUAGAAUUUCUUACAAGGCAGAAGGAAGAUCAAGCUGCACUAUCCCUCAUUUGUGAGGCUAAAAGGCCAGAGCAAGCUAAUGUGAAUCAGAUGGGAUCUACUAAUCCAUCUAUUCCCACAGGCACCAAGGCCCUCAACUCUGUAUCAGUCUCUGCUAAAGCCUGUGCUUGCACUUUCGGUCAUUCCAAUACUAUGACAAUUAUCCUUAUGAACAUGAGUGGAAAGAAUUUGCAGAAUUUUGUAAACAAGCAUUCAAAGGAGCACAAGUUGUUGCGAAGUGAAGUCUUUAGUGCUCUUCGAAUGUCACCGGACUCGUAUAUGUUUGUGUUGGAAGCACUGGAAGGGUUUUAUCCUCCCAACCAUCAGAAAGAAGAGAUUGGAUUUCAUCGUAAUAUUAUUAGGCAGAGUUGCAUCCUUUUAUUAGAACAAUUGAUGGAACUUUCACGGGGGAUUGUACUAGAGGCUAAAUUAAUAGCAAGCAAGCUUGCAUUUGCCUGGAAAGCAAAGAUGAUGACUGAAAUGGAAAACCAUUUCGCAAUCAUGGGUUUUCUGCUUCUUGUAGGUUGCUAUAGAUUGGCAUCUGCCUUUGAUAAAGAUGAAGUUGAGAGUUUGUAUCACAAGGUAGCACAUCAAGUGAAUACAUCUAAAAUUUGUCACAUCCUUGGUAUUAUGUUCUCGUAUCGACUCUGCAGGCUGGGCAUAUAAAUUCAUGUAUGACUAUUCCUGUUGGUGGACCAAAUCAUGUUCAAAUGUUGCAUGAACUGAUUGGGUUUGCUGGUUAGAUUAUGUCUUGAAAUUUUUCACUCGUGUUUUCUUAGAAGAUUGGCCCUGAUUUAGCUUGUGGCAACAAUAUCGUGUUAAAGACGGCUGAGCAAACCCCAUUAAAUGUACUCUCUGUAGCAAAUCUAUUGCAGGAAAUAGCAUCCAAUUUCCUCUUUUUUUU